AUGGUCAUCGUGUGGAACGAGGAAUGGAAUGAUAAUAAGUAUAUUGGGGGUAAUAGGAUCUGUGCGGGAAUCUACAAAAAUACUACUUUUACUCAAUUGGUUGAGAUUAUGUACACGGUGACGGGAAUUGAUAAAACAAGGUACAACAUCACCAUUCAUUUUGUAACGGAACACUCAAGCGAACUUCCAGUUACCAAGUUCCCUAUCAAGGACGACUAUGGUGUCAAGUUUAUUAUGUGCGAUGACAGAAAAUAUAAAGUGAUGUAUGUUGAUAUGAUUUGUAAAGAUGUUGGAGUUUGUAACCUACGUAGUGGUGGUAAUCAAGAUUCAGGUGCCGUUCCAUUUACACCCGCACGUAGUCCACUGCAAAAUGAUGAUUUUGGUACAUAUGGUAUGGGUGAUUUAUCAGAUGACGCUCCAGACACGGAUGAUGAUUAUGAUAAUGAAACUGAUGAUAAUAGUGGCGAUAACGAUGGUGAUAAUAGUGAUGGUGGUGGUGAUGAAAGAGGAGUGAGUUCGGAGUACCCAGAAGUAAGAUUUUCAGGUUCACAAUUUGAGGACAACCAUUUACAAAGAAACUGGAUCGUUCCUGGUAUGGACUAUCAAGUCAGACGUUCAUGCACAAUUCGAUUUGAGGCUAGUUGCAAGGAUGUGAACUGCAAAUUUAUGCUUCGUGCAAGAUGCAGACCCGGUUGUUCGUUUUGGCAUGUGGUGAAAUUCAUGCCGAAUCACACGUGUAUUUCGGACGUCUACGAUUCACAUUUUCGAAAUGUGAAAGCUAUUGUCAUUGAAAGUUUAUUCUCUGAAAGAGUGGCGAGUAGUGAAUAUACACCUAGAAUGCUAAUGGGGGAGUUGCUGGAGCAACAUGAUGUGCAGAUUAUGUACAGUAAAGUUUGGAGGUCUUUACAACAUGCAAAGAGACUUACUUAUGGUAAUGCAGAUGAAUCAUAUCAACAACUACCCUCAUAUUUUCACAUGUUAAAAGAAACAAAUCCUGAUAGUAUCGCGGCAAUAGAGACAGAUGAAAAUAAUUAUUUUUUAUAUUCAUUUUUUGCACUCGAAGCUUGCCUUCAUGGUUUCCGAUCUUACAUAAGACCGGUUGUUACCGUUGAUGCCACACAUUUGAAAGGUGAAAACAAAUGGGUGAUAUUCGUUGCCACUUGCAAAGAUGGGGAGGAAAUGAUUUAUCCCAUCGCUUUUGGAUUUGGAGAUAGUGCGUCUGACAGAUCAUGGAUAUGGUUUUUGACGAAAUUGAGAGAGGCUAUCGGAGUUUUCAUGAGGGUGUACUACCAUAUGCUUUGCCAUUCAUAUUAUAUCGCAUAUUGGGUCAGACGCGCAUAUGCACCUCCCAUCAAUCUUCUCCCUAACAAGGCCGCUUGGGUUCUUCCAGUGUAUGUUAGACAGAUGGUUAUACUUCCACCUGUGCAAAGAAGACAACCGGGUAGACCGAGAAAUUGUCGGAUUCCUUCCAUGGGGAAGCUUGUCAAAAAAAAAUGUGAAAAAUGUGUUGAACUAGGACACAACAGUCUUGGUUGCCCUAAUGAAAGGACUUCCUUCAUUGGAGAGUCGAGCACAGCCACUACUCCGGAAUCUAGGGACGCUGCUAGGGCCUCUGCAAGGGCAAGCCGAAAAUGUAGCAUUUGCAAAGAGACUGGACACAUUCGUCGUCAGUGCCCUAUAUAG